AUGCCUGGGGCUGGUUCCUUGCAAUUGUCUCAUGAUUUGGGACUUUGCAAGAGCCAGAGCCGUAGGCAAUUUAAGGAUACACUAGGAAGGAGCAGGCUACCUUCCUCAAGUGCUAGACUGUCUUCAUGUGUUUCGAGACAGGACAGCUGGACUCUUCGUGUUUUGGGAAGUGCUUACAGAUCCACCUGCUAUGUACCAAAAAGAAGUAGCACUUUUAGGUGCCAUUCUACGUUGGUACCUGGUCAAAUCCUUGAAUUUCCUGUCAUAAAGGCUGCUUCAGGAGCUUUGACGAGGGCCUAUAACAAUCUACAAGGCAGUCGUCUUGUACUCAGGAUAGCUCCAGCUGUAGGUAUUAUUGUAUUUGCUCUAUGGGGUCUUGCACCGCUUAUGCGUCAUAGCCGAAAUCUAAUACUGUGUAAAAAUGAUAACGGUUGGAAGAAGAGUAACACAUACCAUGUCACGACCUCUUACCUUCAACCUUUGCUGCUGUGGGCAGGUGCAAUAUUUAUAUGCAGGGCGCUGGAUCCUGUUGCUCUUCCCACAGAAGCUAGUCAGAUUGUCAAGCAAAGGCUACUUAAUUUCAUACAGUCAUUAUCAACUGUGCUGGCAUUUGCAUAUUGCUUAUCACGCCUGAUUCAACAGACCCAGAAGUUGUUUGUGGAAUCUAGCGAGAUCAACGAUCGAGGAAAUAUGGGGUUAGACUUUGCUGGGAAAGCUGUGUACUCUUCAGUGUGGAUAGCUGCUUUUUCACUCUUCAUGGAGUUGCUGGGUUUCUCUACCCAGAAAUGGCUUACUGCUGGAGGUCUGGGGACAGUAUUGCUCACCCUUGCUGGCCGUGAGAUAUUUACAAAUUUUUUAUCUAGUGCGAUGAUUCAUGCAACUCGGCCUUUCGUUGUAAAUGAAUGGAUCCAGACGAAAAUUGAAGGGUAUGAAGUUUCCGGCACUGUUGAGCAUGUUGGUUGGUGGUCACCAACAAUAAUAAGAGGUGAAGAUCGUGAAGCAGUUCAUAUCCCAAACCAUAAGUUUACAGUGAACGUUGUGAGAAAUCUCAGUCAGAAGACUCAUUGGAGAAUCAAAACACAUCUGGCUAUUAGUCAUUUUGAUGUCAAUAAAAUCAAUACAAUUGUUGCUGAUAUGCGUAAAGUGUUGGCAAAGAAUCCUCAGGUUGAGCAGCAAAGGUUGCACAGAAGAGUAUUUUUAGAGAAUGUCAAUGCUGAAAAUCAAGCACUCAUGAUCUUAGUGUCGUGUUUUGUGAAGACGUCACAUUUUGAAGAGUAUCUCUGUGUAAAGGAAGGCAUACUGUUGGAUCUUCUAAGAGUGAUCAGCCAUCACCGUGCCAGACUGGCCACACCAAUCCGUACAGUGCAGAAGAUGUACGCUGAUUCUGAUAUGGAGAACGUUCCAUUUGAAGAAUCGUUCUACAACAGUGAUACUGGUGUAACAUCUAAUCGUCCUUUACUACUAAUUGAACCCUCUUACAAAAUCAACGGAGAAGAUAAAACAAAAUCCCAAAGUCGAACAUCCCGAACAGUUGGAGAGCAAGAGAAUAAUAAGAACAUGCCACCUAAACCUUCAGUCGAGAUUCAAUCAGGAGGAAGUCAGAAGUCUGAUUCCAAAGUGAAAGAGACAGCAGCAGCAGCAAAUGCAAAGGCGGAUGCCAAGGUUACCAAAACAGCCCCAAAUCCUGAUGCCAACAAGAAGGCAGCAGAAAGAUCAAGUUCCAGCGUCAAAGCUGCUGGCAAGCGUGUUGAUGAGCCUUCAGUUUCAUCAUUGGAAUCCCAACAGACGAAACAGGGAGGCGAGAGGAAAUCUGUCUCUCAACCUUCAACUUCGAGGCCUGCUGCCUUGGAGGAGAAUAUUGUACUUGGUGUUGCUUUGGAGGGAUCCAAGAGAACGUUGCCUAUCGAGGAAGAUGUCACUUCACCACAUGCUGUCCAAGGAGAGGUCAAGGAAACGGCUGGUGCUGGCCGACGUGACGGCAGCUCGGGGACGGAUAAGAAGAAAGAGGACAAUCAGGUUGCAACCAACUCUGCUGCAACUUCUUCUGGUGAUCAGUAA